AUGAAGAAGCACUACACCUCCGAUUCGGUUCUACCGCGACGCAUCCUCCUCGGCCGCUGCGGUAAACGGCCACGAAUCAGUUCAGAAGCAACAAAUCCUCCUCCUCCUCCUCCCACGGAGAUUAGCAAACUCGGAGACGAUCUUCUCGUGGAGAUUCUGAUUCGUCUCCCGAGCCCCAGAUCCGCCUGCCGCUGCAAACCCGUUUGCAGCCGCUGGAGGUCCCUCAUUUCGAGCCCUUGCUUCAACAGCCAUUUCCUUUCUCACCACCAGAGAUUGGAGCUGCCACCUAUGCCGACCAACCCGCACGAGCUGCAAUCGAUCAUCCUGGGCGUUCUCCCUCCCAUGCCCGAUAGCGUUGGAGGCAGUCUCAAAGUCUUGGAUUGCUUCAAAGACUUGGUCUUGUGCGGGUUCUGGGAUGUGUAUAAUCGGGAGCUUUGCAGGUCGUACCUGAUCUGCAAUCCGUUUACGAAGCAGUGGAUCGCGCUACCUUUAGCCCCUAGGAAGCCAGAGUGGUAUUUCUCAUCAGCUUCAAGGUUAGUUUGUGAACCCCGUAGUUCUAAUAAUCUUGAUCUAGGAGACGGCCAAACAUUUGUUUAUUCUGAGUACCGCUUCGCGGUGGUGUGCAUAUAUCAAGAAAUCUCAUCGAAGGUUUAUCUAAAGCUAGACGUAUUUUGUUCCGGAGUCUGGAGAAUGGACCAACGAGGCAUUUGUCGGCGUUGGUCAGCAUAA